AGAGAGAGAGAGAGAGAGAGAGAGAGAUGUGAUAGUGCGUGUGUGGGACUAUAGAGGAGAGCGCAGAGUGAUCAUAAUCAACGCAAAAGUCCGAUCACGGAGGGAGCGCACUUAAAUCACGUGGGGUGUGGAUUUGUACGGGAAAAAAGUAAAAGUGUCGUCGGAGUGACUUGUGCUUACACUUUGUUUUCCUCCUCUCUUUGCCUUUCCACCCCCCUCCUCCGCCCUGCAUUCCGCGGAGCAGCUGUGUUUUAAUGCCCCUGCGCACCCGAGGAGGAGAGGAAGGAGAGAAGAGUGAGGAAGGAGAGGCAGAAGAAGAAGUGAGAAGGCCUGGACACCACCCCUCCUCGCCCUUUGGAGGUCUGUCCACUCUCCCCUCCUGGCCCUGCAUGGACGGGGAUGGGGAGAGCCGGAUGCUGUUGUCGCGGGGCUGAGCGCCUCGCCUCCCCGUCUCUGGUGCGCCGCUUCCGGCCACUGCUACUGCUGAUCAUCGCUUUGUGCUGCGGUGCCCACAUAGGUCAGUGCCAGGUGGCCACCCCUCAGUGCCGUAUCCAAAAGUGCACCACCGACUUCGUCUCCCUGACCUCCCACCUCACGUCUGCUGUGGAUGGCUUUCAUACCGAAUUUUGCAAGGCUUUGCGGGCAUACUCAGCCUGCACGCAGAGGACAGCCAAGUCCUGCCGGGGGAACCUGGUCUUCCACUCUGCAGUGCUGGGCAUCUCAGACCUCAUGAGCCAGAGAAAUUGCUCCAGGGACGGGCCCACUUCUUCCACACACCCCGAGGUUCACCCCGAGCCCUGCAAUUACCACAGUCGCACCCAGCAUGCCCACACACACUCCCAUGCUCAUGCACACACGCACUCCCAUGCUCACAGCCACUCGCGGCCUGGGUACCUGUUCUGUGGGCUGUUCGGGGACCCCCAUCUGAGGACGUUUAAGGACAGCUUCCAGACUUGUAAGGUGGAGGGGGCUUGGCCACUUAUUGAUAAUGACUAUCUGUCGGUUCAGGUCACUAAUGUUCCAGUGGUGACGGGCUCCAGUGCUACAGCGACCAAUAAGAUCACCAUUAUCUUCAAGCCCUAUGAGGGUUGCACAGACCAGAGGGUCUAUCAGGCCGUCACAGACAAUCUCCCUGCUGCUUUUGAUGAUGGCACUGUGAGCAGUGGAGACCCAAUCCACGCUUCUGCUGGUGCAGAAGGUGCAACUGGGAAGGUGAGGGCUCUGUGGAUCUCUGAGCGCAGCCCGGGGCGCCAUGUGGAGCUGCAUGCUGGCUACAUUGGCGUAACCGUGAUUGUCCGCCAGCUGGGUCACUACUUGACCCUGGCAGUGCGGAUCCCUGAGGAGCUGGCUCAGGCCUACGAUGCCACCCAGGACCUGCAGCUCUGUCUGAACGGCUGCCCCAGCAGCGAACGCAUCGACCAGGGAGGACAUUUGCCUCUCCCCCUGUCCCCACCUGCACUCGGCCUACAGGUUCAGCAGCUUCGUCGGCCCAGCUACUCCUCACAGACACAAUCAUCGCCCUACGGUGCCCCCCAGGUUUUCGGUGUGGACGGGGCGAAGGAGCGCUGUCGGGAGCAGCUGGAGGUGCAGGACAUUUAUUUCCACUCGUGCGUGUUUGAUCUUCUGACCACCGGGGAUGCUAACUUCACAGUGGCGGCGUACAGUGCCCAGAAGGACAUGGAGAGUCUUCACCCACACCAGGACAGAUGGAGGAUCUACCCCCGUGGCUCUGCCACCUCCACCAUACACCUUGAUUCUCAACAUAUCAAACACCUCGCUCUGUUCCUGCUGUGUGCACUGAGCGUGGGGUUCAUGUAAGAGGGGACAUCUUUGUGCCUGCAUGCCUGUGGGCUUGU